UAUAAUCCCAAACCCCAAGCUUCACUACCCAUCACCCAUUAGCCUAACUAAAUAUUCAUUACACCUACAACUCUCUCUCUUAUUGAAAACCCAGAUGGGAAACCAUACUUCUUGCUUCUUUUUUGGAUCCUCAAACGCUGAAACAGCAAAGCUCUUUGAUUCUCAAGGUAACCUACAACGAGUCAAUCUCCCUAUAAAAGCUGCAGAGCUCAUGCUUGAACAACCAGGCCAUUUCAUCACUCGGGUGGAUGAGCUACGUCAAAGUAGACGCAUGUCAGCCAUGCGAGCCGACGAUGAGCUUUUGGUGGGAAAGGUUUAUGUUCUGGUUCACUCCAGUAAGGUCAACUCUAGGGUCUCCGAGUUGGAGAUGGCAAUCAUAGACUUGGCUUGUAAGAAAAGAGGAAGUGUAAAACCAAAUGGUUCUAAGGUUUUACCGGCUAUGACUGUGGAGUCGAGCGAGGAGGGAGAAGGUGAGGUUAAGGUUUUGGGAGGGAAAUUUACUGGACUUUCAGGUUGCCAGUUUGGGAGCCAUAGGAAAUGGAGUCCUGCUUUGGAGCCUAUUUUUGAGUCUUUUUGAGAAACUGAGUUCUGGAGUUAAUUGGAUAAUGUUAUGAUACUGAUUUACAAGAAUUUUGGUCAAAUUGAAGCUAUUUUUGUGUACUUUUGUGUUCCUGAGCAACCAGCUUGGUGGGAAAUAUGCAUAUUUAAGACUUCAAAUUAGACCGAUGGAGGAUUUCGUUAUAUUUGUACGUCACCAAUUGUUCAUAAAUUUCAUAUUCAAUUCGUUUAUUGAUUCUUUUAA